AUGCCUAGUCGGACCACUCCGUCCACGGACAACAUCGUUGUGAUCGGAGGUGGUGCCAGUGGUCUUGCUGUGAUUCUUCAGCUGGUCAAGCGGUUUCGCGCCGGAAAGCCUGUGCGAAAGAUUACAUUAAUCGAGAAAAAAGAUGAGGCUGGUCCCGGAUUGGCGUACUCGCCUGAUUGUACCGGUACGAUCCUCAACAUGACCAAAUCCACCAUGGGGCUGUAUCCGGACAACCCCAAUCAUUUCAACGAGUGGAAAAACGAUCCGAACCUGAAACUAUACCCUUUUCGUGAAAGCUAUGGAGACUACCUCCGCGCCAUGUGGUCUCAGUCUGUGGAAGAUGUUCGACAGAUGGGAGGUGAAAUCUCCUUUAUCCAGGAUGAAGUCCAGGAUAUUAACCGCGACGACGACGGCACCUUUACUCUUACCCUCCAGAAGAACGCCAAAACUUUGUUCGCAAAGGACGUUGUGCUAGCAGUAGGGAACUUCACUGUGACGGCAAAUCCUCACCUGAGUCACCUCCCGGGCUAUUUCUCCUCGCCUUGGCCCACGACCCGAUUGAUGUCCCUCCCGGCAGACGCCCCCAUAAUCAUUCUCGGCUCUCGACUGUCUGCCAUUGACGCUGCAAAUGCCCUCGUCGACAAUGGUCACCGUGGCCCCAUUACCUUCAUGUCGCGCAGCGGUCGACUUCCCAAGGUACAGGGGGCACCUGUCCCCUUCCCGCGCCGGCACAACCUUUAUACCCUUGCCAAACAUGUUCAUGCUCCAACACGCGUGGGGGCUUCCUUUGCCAGUCUCAUGAGCGGUAUCAUGGAGGAGGUCUCGCACUUGGCCGGAAACGAUUGGAGCUGGCUGCUUCAGAAUCACGACUGCCCGAUGGAGGAGCUGGAGUCAGAUAUCAAAGAUGCGCAAGAAGGCAGAGCUGGUUGGCAAACUGUCCUGAAAAGCACGGCACCUCUUGUCGAGCGUUACUGGCGGUCUCUUGAGAUGCACGACAAAAAGCUCUUCUACGACAAGUUCUACAGCACCUGGAUGCGGUACCGACACGGGAUGCCUGUCGAGAACGGGGAGAAGAUUCUGAAGAUGAUGAAGCGAGGCCAGCUGAAAGUCGUCAAAGGGCGAGAAAUCGAGUCGAACGGCAAUGGUUUCUUCGCCAACACGUCCGAAGGCAAGAUUGAAGCGUCCUAUGUGGUCGAAGCUACUGGUCAAGAGUGCCGAGUCACUCACGCUCCGUCGCCGCUCAUCCAGGCCACGAUGCGUAAGGGGAUGGCCACCCCUCACCCGCUGGGCGGUUUUGUUGUGAACUUCGACACCCUUUCAACAUCUCCGGGCCUGUACACCAUUGGAUCGUUCACACAGGGCACUCACUUCUAUGUGAGCUCUGUCGACCGCAUUGCCGAGCAUGCAUCCCGCCUUGCCGAUUCGCUGACCGGAGAGCCUUUGGCGCGACCCCUGCACGUUGCUGUUUUCCUCCGGGGAGACCCCUUCUCCCACAUUAUGGCUAGUAAACUGGUCCCCCGACUUCUUGCUGCAGGUCACAUGCCGUUCCUAUUCGUGCUGCCUGCAGGAAAGAGCCCCGCCAACGGAACAACCGCACCUGUCCGUGCGCGACAGCUUGCAUUUUUCGAAAGAGCCCUCAUGAAGCAACACGUCACCCCGUUUCUCAAAGAUGUGCCUCAGAAUGGCGCUGAAUGUCUGUCUCUUGACCAGAUGAGAUCCACGUAUGGAAUCCUCGUACAAGAGGUCGACCUCGCCCCCUCGGAAGAAACCCUCCACAGACACUACAUCGAUGUCGGCCUUUCCCUCGACUGCACUACCACUCGUCACUUGUCGACGGACAUCCAGAACUAUUUCUCUUGGCCACGUCAAUUGCUAAAUCUGCACUCCACCGCCAGUCUGAACGCCGAUCGUUCCUCGUACCACUUACAUGACAUGCAGGACUGCUGUGAUCGAGACCAGUUCGAUCUCCACACCCUUUCGGCGGAGUAUUCCGAGCCAAUUAUUGACUCCCGGAAUCACAGCUGUGUUCUUGGGGUGGACUUGGCCGCUGACUUGGUGGACCGCGUUUCUCGAGGUAAGGAUCUUCCCAAGGCAUUGCGGACAGCGAACAGGCCGAACACGAAGGAAGUCAACGGUGGACAGCAGAAGGAUCUUCCCAAGGUUAGCACAGACGGUUUGGUAGAGACUAUAGUCAAGUCGUAUGCCUCCCCAGAGCACCAAGGACAUUUCCAAAAGCACCUCGCUGGAGUUGUGAAGAGCUGGUCGGAGGAAGGGAAUUCGAAGGAAUCUGGGAAGGAGUCUGGAAAGGAAAACCGUUUCUGUGUUGAAUGUCAUUAA